AUGAAUGUGAUUGUGGAUUCUGAUGUGCUCUGUGUUACAGUGGUACAGGGUCAGAAUGACUGGGGAGUGACUUACACUUCUACUAAGAUCUGUGCCUUAAAAGGAUCAACAGUGGACAUAAACUGCACCUACAGAUACCCAUCCAGGAUAAAUAAUGUUGAUACUGCAGUUGAUAAAACACUCUGGUUUACUAAAGGGAGUAAUAAUGAAGCUGUGGAUCUGAGAACAGACUCAGAUUAUGCAGGUCGUGUGCAGUAUCACUGUGAUAAGAACGACUGCACUCUGAGAAUCACAGACCUGAGAGAGAGAGACUCAGCUGAGUACAAGUUCAGGUUCACAACAAACCAACCAGGAGGGAGAUAUACUGGUUCACCUGGAGUCACUUUGACUGUCACAGAUCUCCAGGUGCAGGUGAUCCCAUCAACAAUCAAUCCUUCCUCAGCAGAGCUGAAGUGUCACAGCAGCUGUCGUCUACCUGAUCGUUCUUCUUUCAUCUGGUACAACAAUGGACAGAAAAUGAGUGGAGAAACAUCUUCUUCUUAUUCAGCCAAUGUCAAUCAUACAGACAACUAUUCCUGUGCUGUUACAGGAUAUGAGGAUUUCCCCUCUCCUUCAGUUUAUGCUCCAAAGCUUCCCUCUGUGUCAGUGAGCCCCCCUGCUGAAAUCAUUGAGGGAAGUUCAGUGACUCUGACCUGUAGCAGUGAUGCUAACCCAGCAGCUAAAUACAACUGGUACAAGAAAAAUGUAAAUCCAGAGCUUCAACCUCUCAGUAAAGAACCACAGCUUGUCUUCAGCUCCAUCCAGUCCUCUGACUCUGGAGAGUAUUACUGUACAGCUGAGAACCAGCUGGGGAUGAAGACAUCUGAAUACAUCUUUAUUGAUGUGAAAUAUGCUCCAAAGCUUCCCUCUGUGUCAGUGAGUCCCUCUGCUGAGAUAGUGGAGGGCAAUUCAGUGACUCUGACAUGUAUCAGUGAUGCUUACCCAGCAGCUAAUUACACCUGGUACAAGAACAACCAAACACUGCUUCAAAGGUCAGAGGGACAUUUUCAUUUCACCUCCAUCAGUUCUGAGGACAGAGGGAUGUACUACUGCAAGUCUGAGAAUAAAUAUGGACAGAUUAACUCUUCAUUUCUAUUCAUUGAUGUCCAGUAUGCUCCACAGCUUUCCUCUGUGUCAGUGAGUCCCUCUGGUGAAAUCAUUGAGGGCAGUUCAGUGACUCUGACCUGUAGCAGUGAUGCUAACCCAGCAGCUAAAUACACCUGGUACAAGAAGAAUGUAAAUCCAGACCUUCAACCACUCAGUAAAGAACCACAGCUUGUCUUCAGCUCCAUCCAGUCCUCUGACUCUGGAGAGUAUUACUGUACAGCUGAGAACCGACUGGGAAAGAGGACAUCUGAAUACAUCUUUAUUGAUGUGAAAUAUGCUCCAAAGCUUCCUUCUGUGUCAGUUAGUCCCUCUGCUGAGAUAGUGGAGGGCAGUUCAGUGAAUUUGACCUGUAGCAGUGAUGCUAACCCAGCAGCUAAUUACACCUGGUACAAGGAGAAUGAAGACUCACCUAAAGCAUCAGGACAGAUCUUCACCAUCACUGAUGUCAGACCUGAACACAGUGGGAAUUAUUCCUGUGAAGCCCAUAACAGAAGAGGACGUCAUAACUCCACCUUACAUCUGACUGUUGUGAAAGGGAAAUCAGUAUUUAUAAUGAUCGUCAUCGGGUUGACUUUGGUGGUCCUGAUACUGAUUCCUCUCCUUCUCUUGUUUCUGUGGAUGAGGAAGAAGAAAACUCUGCGCUCCAACACUGAACUGAAUCAACUUGUAGAGACUAUAAAGUUGGACCCUUGUGCUGUGUAUGAGUCUCAGAUUUGCGGGUCAACACUGGAGCAGAGACAGACGAAAACCUGAAGUAAAAUCCAGUCAGGUUGGAGCCUCCUGAAAGUUGAACCAGAGGCUGGACUCACCUGAUGGAAACAGAAAGUAGUACAACAGUGAAAUAUGACAGUGGAGAGAGAGGCUGUAGAGGACCAUGUGGACGUUUUCAUGUUCAGUUUUCAGCAGCAGCUGCAGGUAGAAGUGAGCAGCACAGACAGUCAGUAACAGCAUGUAGCAGAAGCUUUGAGAAGAAUGUGCUGAUGGCAGCUUGAACUGAAUCAUGUCGAUGUGUCAAACAUGAUUGAUUGUUUAGAUCAGUUGAAUAUCAGGUGGUGUGUGUGACUCAACUGAUUUAUAAUUUACUGAGUGUUCCGUCUGAACUAAUGCAAGCUUACUUUUAGUUAUAUUACAGAUAUUUAGGAUUAGAGCUGCAAUGCAAACUGUUAUUUUAAAUGUGUACAUACUGUAAUUAAUCACUAUUGAUGAAUCCUGAUUGGCUUCUUGUGCAGUUUACUGUAUAUUUUCACACAUCAAACAUAAUCUCAGUUUUAUCACACUUUGCUGAAUGUCACAUUAUCCAGGUGUUGCAGUGGCUGAUAUACAAUAAACAGCCAGCUUCCCCGACAUCUCCGUAGUUGGAAACAUGAUUUCAGUUCCCUUUCACUGCUGCAGAGGGCGACAGUGUGCAGAAAGUUUCAGCUAUACAUAGUUUUUAUGUUUAUUUUUCAGGAUCUGAAUGUAUUUACCAGAUAUGAAGACAAAUCAAAUUUUACUCUUUUCUUUAAAUCUGUU